CCCCGCGCGGAGCCCGCGCUCCUGCCCUGCUCGCGCUCUCUCGCUCGCGCUCCCCGGGGUCUCCUCAGUCCUCAAGCGGCGGCGGCGGCGGGGGGGGGGUCGGCGGCGGCUCCGACUCCGACCAUGUCGGGCGAGGAGGAGGCGGCCGAGCUCACUAUCGCCGAGGACCUGGUGGUGACCAAGUACAAGAUGGGGGGGGACAUCGCCAACCGGGUCCUGCGUGCGGUGGUCGAAGCGGCGAACUCCGGAGUGUCGGUUCUCUGCCUGUGCGAGAAGGGAGAUGCCAUGAUCAUGGAGGAGACUGGCAAGAUCUUCAAGAAGGAGAAAGAAAUGAAAAAAGGUAUUGCCUUCCCAACGAGUAUAUCAGUAAAUAACUGUGUCUGUCACUUCUCCCCCCUGAAGAGUGACCAAGACUACAUCCUCAAAGAAGGAGACUUGGUCAAAAUUGACUUGGGAGUCCAUGUCGAUGGCUUCAUAGCGAAUGUAGCACACAGUUUUGUCAUAGACGCCUCAAAGGAAAACCCUGUGUCAGGCCGUAAAGCUGAUGUCAUCAAGGCGGCUCAUCUCUGUGCCGAAGCUGCUCUGCGCUUGGUAAAGCCUGGAAAUCAGAACACACAAGUGACAGACGCGUGGAACAAAAUAGCCCACUCGUUUCACUGCACGCCGAUUGAAGGGAUGCUGUCGCACCAGCUGAAACAGCAUGUGAUCGAUGGAGAGAAAACAAUCAUCCAGAACCCUACAGACCAGCAAAAGAAGGACCAUGAAAAAGCAGAAUUUGAGGUCCAUGAAGUUUACGCUGUUGAUGUUCUCGUCAGCAGUGGAGAGGGAAAGGCAAAGGACGCUGGACAGAGAACUACAAUUUACAAAAGGGACCCCUCCAAACAGUACGGCUUGAAGAUGAAAACCUCCCGUGCCUUUUUCAGUGAGGUGGAGAGGCGCUUUGAUACUAUGCCAUUUACUCUCAGGGCAUUUGAGGAUGAGAAGAAGGCCAGGAUGGGGGUGGUGGAAUGCGCCAAGCACGAGCUGCUCCAGCCUUUCAACGUCCUCUACGAAAAGGAAGGAGAGUUUGUUGCACAGUUCAAAUUCACAGUGCUUUUAAUGCCCAACGGUCCUAUGAGGAUAACCAGCGGCCCCUUUGAACCGGAACUCUACAAGUCGGAGUUUGAGGUGCAAGAUGGAGAACUGAAGGCCCUUCUACAAAGUUCUGCAAGCCGGAAGACCCAGAAAAAGAAGAAAAAGAAGGCCUCCAAGAACGCAGAGAACGCCACCACGGGAGAGACGGCGGAAGAGAACGAGGCUGGCGACUGAGCAGCUCCCGCUCCCUCCAUGUAGCACCCACUUCACACACACUCGCCCCUUUUCCCCCCAAAAACAGAAGCGAAAUAAUCUAGCACUGUUUGUCUCUUACGACCAAACAACAAACAGUCUGGACUUCCCACUGACUACAACCAGCUCCUAUUGACUUUGCCAAUGAGGGAGGAUUCUCUCAGCCACUUCAGACUACUUAAAAAAAGGAAAGCAGAAAAAUAAAAUCAGGAGUAAAAGCUAGUCUAUAUCCACUCUUUCUAACCUUUUAUACUACCCAUACUUGUUGAAGAGGUGAACAAAUAAGCCGAUCCCAGCGAGAGGGAGCGUAGAGAGCUGCCUGCUUUCUUCCUCCUCCUCCCCACCCCCCCCCUUUUUUUUUUUUUUUUAAUAAUUUCUCCCUUUACAGCUUUUCUUGGAGGAAAAAAACCAAAACCAAACAGCCGAUUACGCCCGACAAAAAAGUGCCCUGUGUUUAGUGAUAUGGUACGCUGGACGGUGUAAGGUGAUCUGCCUCGCUGCGCCAUCGCGGCCCCUCCCGGCCGCCCAGGCAUCCCUCUCCGUUCCCUCGGGGCGGAGGGUUUCUCUCUUCUCUUACAGCCUCUAGAUUGUACGUUGAUAAUUGGGAAAAAAUAACAAAUUUUAUGUCCCCUGUGAAACUGUAGACUGCUCUGUCUACUCUGUUCUGUCUCUGCCUUGAUUUACGUAUAAACGCUCUAUUUUUUAAUA